AAAACAAACCUAAGGGUGUACAUACGAAAAUAAUUUUAAUUAUGUUGUGAAAACAACGUUUCAUUUAACGCAGAUAGCGCCAUGUCUGGAAAAUGGCUACCCUCGCGCGAAAAUCGAUACCGCGCUUGUAAACAAGCCGCAUGUAGGGCAUAGCUUAUUUGUUACAAUUUACGUGUUAUUAUUAUUCAUGUUUCGUGUCUUUAUAUAACGUUAAUUUAACAUUUUGUAAAAUGGAUUCUAAUAAUGUCGGUUAUUCCUAUCAUUUGCCGUCCGGUGGAUGGAAUUACAAAAUACGCAAUACGCUUUCGCAAUUCAGCGACUUGUUCAGUGAAUUCAACAAAUAUAUAGCUCCGGCAUAUCACCAUGACAGGUGUGAAAGGUCGGUUCAAAUGAGGAUAUAUUCAAUGCACAAAGGGGAAUUCGUGAUGGUUUUUAUAGCAUUUUUUGCUUGCUUCGGUCUCGGAGUUUUCAUAGGACUGGCAGGGCCCUCGCCUACUCUGACUACGUCAAUAACAGCGAGCAGUGUGCUGGAUAACGGCAGCAUGAUAUACCAGGGACCCUUCCACCUCCACAGCCCAGCCCUGGGCACCAGAGUGCAGCAGCUGUGGCUGUUCGCCGAAAUACUCACGGAGAAUAAUGAUGAGGAAAUAUUUGACAAGAGCUUCCAGAUUAGUAUAUCUAUAGACGGCGUUCGCGCCGACCAUUCCACCAUCAACUUACUCCCAGAAAACGAAUCCACGAAUACGACACAACAUCUGAAAUGCCACAAGCAGCUGUGCGAGGAAGUUAUGGUGUUGCACCUGGCCUCGCUCGAGUACACUCACUACAUACUGAACAUUCGCUUCUACGGGCUCGGGGAGUUCCACAAACGUUACUACAUGAGGGAGAUUGUGUUCUAUUUUAAAAUGUACAACCCAGCGUUCACGCAAAUGGAGACUUGGUUCAGAUUUAUUUUCCUGUUGGCCACAUUUGUUGUUACGUGCUGGUUCACGCACUCCCUCAGGAAGUAUCCGUCCCACGACUGGGCGAUCGAGCAGCGCUGGCUGUCAGUGAUGCUGCCGAUGCUGCUCCUCUACAACGAUCCGCUGUUCCCGCUGCGGCUGGUGUCAGCGAGCUGCUUCGCGCCGCUGAUGGACUCUGUGUUCCAGGCGACCUUCUUCGCGGGCCUCAUGCUGUCCUGGCUGGCACAAUAUCACGGGCUGCGACAGAACGACCGCGGCUUCGUGUCGUUCUACCUGUUCAAGCUGGUGGUGGUGGGCUCGGUGUGGGCGCCGGCGAUGGUCGUCACCGUCUGGCAGAAAUAUUACGCGUAUUACGAUCCCACCUUCAACUACAUGAUGUCGCCCAACUAUCCGAUCGUAAAGACGAUGUUCUUCACGGGCCUCGCCGUGUACUUCCUGUACCUACUCAUACUCGUGGUGAAGGCCUAUAGUGAUUUGAGGAACAUGCCGUUUUUUGACGUGCGGCUGCGCUGCGUGUCUGCGGGCGCGGGCGCGGCGGCGGCGCUGGCGGGCGCGGUGUGCGCGCGGGGGUGGGGCGGCGCGGCGCUGCAGGACCACUGGGCGGCGCGGCACCCGCACGACACGUCCGCGCCCUUCAUGGCGCUCUACUCGCUCUUCAACUUCGACCUCUACGCGCUCGCCUACCUGUACUCGCCGCCCACGGUCGAGCCCCACGAAACGUCCAUAACAAAAGACAAUCCCGCCUUCUCGAUGAUCAACGAUUCGGACGAGGACGUCAUCUAUGGCUCGGACGAAGACAGCCGGCGGCCCCUCAACUCGCACCACCGAGUCAGCACAGAAGACAUAUGAUUCUACCCGCGGACGUUAUAAACUAUUUUCAUUGUAUCACGUAACCGAUCUUGUUAUGUAUAAAAUAUUAAAUUAUUUUUUAUUUAAUUUGGUUUUAAAAGAACUUUUUUUUUGUGAUGACUUAACUACGUGAAUUACAUUAUAUAAAGGUGUUGUAAUUCGAAUACAGCAUUUUUAUGAAACUAAUGACUAAGGGCCUUAUCAUACUAAUGGUUUGGGAGCAGCUGCGUGACGGAUACGCAACGUUUUCGUCGCGUUUUUGUAGCGAGUUAACGACGUACAAUACACUCAGUAACAAAAUGGAUUCCAACGAGUCUGUUGGUUUUGUUACUACGAAGUACCUACUACUGACUUAAGUCAUGAAGACGCACGGAUUGGAGUGGAGCAUGGUAGACGGGUUGGCAUUCGUAAGAGACAGUACAAAAUGGCGUCUACGCCACUCUACGCCAUACGACAGCGAUCUCGCUGCGCACGCGCGGCGUGUUCGUUGCGCGCCCGCUCCGCUUUGAGAACGCUCGCAGUUCGCUAGUAAAUUAAGUGUAUUAUAUCUAUGGCUAGUAUGAUAAAUCCCAUAUGGCUUGAUCACACGUACCGAGCAAACGGGCGAGACAGUAAAAUAUUUCUCGGCCGAGACAGUGAUGUAAGCGAGUAACUGAUCACACGUGUUUUGAAAUUAGCACAGUCAGUUCAGUUCUAGUGAGACUUUAAUUCGGACACGAUGGAUCGUAAAAAGAUUAUUGGAAAAUAUACAAAGUUACUCAUUCCACUAUUAGCAGAAAAAUUAAAGGAAUUGUUGGAAAAAGAGCAAUACUGGAUUGUUAUUUUAUUUGAUUUAUUUUUUAUUUUCAGACAUGGUGUAUUGUUAUUUUAUUUGGAGUUGUUUUAAAGAUAAAAAUGUCAAAAACGGCGCGCGCGGCGACGUGAUAACAAUCAUGUAUCCGAGUGGCGAGACAGUGCACGGUCAGACCUGCCGAGAGAGCGAGCGCGACAGUGCGGGACAGCGUACACUCGGCCUAGUAAGUAGAACGGAAGUCAAGCUACUGGCUCGCUACUUCGUUCGGCCGAGCGCUCGGCGCUAUGUUUAUACGCACCGAGUACUCGGCCGAGAGCACUGUCUCGCCCGUUUACUCGGUACUAUACCUGUUACAGGCCAGCGCAACCUUUUUUUCUUUUUUUUUUCCUAUCUAGCUGAGAGCCUUGAGAGGCUAUUUCAGCGUAACAUUUACUAGUAGGUGAGCUCACGGGGCUCAAACCUGACGACGUUGCUAACACGAACGAAGCAAGAGCCGUGCUUCGUAGAAUCUACCACCGGAUCGGAAACGCGACCCACUGAGAAGAUCAGAAGAUCCGGCGAGAAACUCAGUGGACUGUGUCUGAGUGUGUCUAUAUAUUUAUUUUUCUAUUUAUAAUUCAAAAUAUAUAUAAUAUAAAUGUUGAAGAUGUCGCAUCUCUUAUACACAUCAUUCCCUAUCACAAAAGCAAUCUGAUUUAAGGAUGAAAAAUGAAAACAAACUCAGACGGGCAAAGUAGAUCAAAGUUGGCCUUGACCUGGUAUUGCGAUUAUCGCAGCCCAUGGCCGACUCGCGUUGACAAGAAGUCGAGUCUCAGAUUUCACUAAACAACUAUUCCAUCCUUCAAACCUGACCGAACGCUUUGCAAGAAAAAAAACCUUAUUUACCCUUUGAGCACGAACUGUUGAUAUAUCGACUCUCUAUUAAUGCGUAUAAAGUGCACAGCGUCGGAAUACUGACUAUUUACGCAGUUUGAUUGUAGGUAUUAGUUAUCGGUACCUGUACGGACAUUCUUAGUGCGCGCUUGUAUAACAUUUUUAAUAAGUUAAUUACAUUUAUAAUCCGUUUAAAAUUAUUUUUCUGUGAAUUUAACAUUAAUGUUUGUUGAGUUAAAUUUCUUUUUAAUAAAACUUCUUUUCAAAAAUCCUUUAGCAAUUUCUGUAAAAUAUGUGAAAAUAAGCUCAGCACUAAAAGAGUUAAAGUUUCAUUUUUAUAACACAAUGACCUGCCUCAAGAUUUGAACUUCAACCCUUGUUUGCUGCGAAUCAUUAUAUUUUCUAAAUCAUUUAUCUUAAACGAAUAAUUUUAUUAAUUUUCUGGUAGACAUCUUGAGCUCACAGGUCCUCCAAUCGAUCGCUCAUUGAUUUGAGAAUGCAUUUAGAGAAGCUGUAAAGAGUCACAUUUGAACGAUGAGACAGCAGCUAUAGUUGAGACUUAUAUGUAACGUAUCAUGGUGAGUAGUUACAUUCUCAUUGACAUCUAGGGGCUCGGAUAAACAUUUAACCAUUACACAUAUUCGCUGGUAGCAUAAGAAGCUAUUUCAGAUACGCCCGGACGGGUAGGUGAGCGCACAGGCUUAACUUGAAAGAAUUUGCUAACACUAGCCCCCGCAAUAAUUCGAAGUCGGGUCGAUGCGUUUGAGAUGUGGUGCUGGAGGAAAUUGCUGCGGAUUCCCUAGACGGCGCAUCGGACAAACGCAUCAAUCCUGGAAGAACUAAGCGUCUCCAUUAGACUCUCCACCAUUUGCCUACGUAGGAUUUUAGAGUUUUUCGGUCACGUUGCCAGGAAAAAGGGUGACAAUCUCGAAAGACUUCUCAUCACCGGUAAAGUGGAAGGAAAGGGGCCUAAAGGGCGUAGUCCCAUGUGCUAGUCCGAUCAGAUUAAGACGACUUUGGACUUAAGUAUCAAUGUCGCUAUCCACUGCGUGGUGGACAGGGAGGAAGGGAGGAACAUAGUCCUGAUAAAAGUGCUCAGUAAAGGUCACGACCCUCAGCACUGAAGAAUACGACUCACGGAGGGAGCCCCAGCAAGAGCAGUGCUUCGCAUAACCUACCACCGGAAUCGCGACCCACUGGGAAGAUCCGGCGAGAAACUCAGUGGGCUGUGUCUGUGGGUUAGUUCACUCGUCGAUUACGACGGAGAGUUCGACGAGGACUGUGACCGGUGCUUGAGAGGCCUAGAAGCACCGAGACUGAAUCCAGGGAAUCUGACGAAACAUUUUUCGGGCAUCGGCGGCUUUGCAUUGCCCCGUCGCGGUUAGAUAAGGCACCCACCCAUUUAACCUCUAUACCUAAUAAAAUUAACUAAAAAAAAACUGUGGUGAAAAUGCAUCGCAAUCGAUAUUACAAUUCACUUUUUGAUUAAAUAAAAUAAAAACAGACAAUUUUAGUGACGCCGUUUUAUUUUAGUAAAAAUACGGAUAAAUUAUUUACGAACUUAAAUAUACAUUUAUGUCUAAAUCAGUUCUUCUUAAGACCUUUUCAAAAAUAUACUUCAUAAUCGCAAGCGUGUUAACAGAAGCAGACAUUUCGCCAUAGAUAAUAAAUACACUUAAUUUCGCCCGCUAUCUCGCUCACUUCAGCCGUUAUCCAAUUACAGCACAAGAGCGCAUUAUGCGGCAUAAUGCUCAACUAAGCUUCAGCAUAAUUCGGCAUUGUGCGCCACUGAGUCGCAUUAUGCUCUGUAAUUAACCAUUACUUAAUGGUAGUUUUCCAAUUAAUGAACUUGAAAUUACUUGAACCAAAAUCAUACCGAUUUUUUUUCUGAUUAUUAUACAAGUUAGUUUCGUGAAUCGAAGUGAAAUAUAUAGUCUAUAAUUAGAUUAGCGCUGAAUUCAUCACCAAAAAAAUAUUUUUUAUAUAAACAUUUCAGAUUUAUUUCAUUUCUGCAUUUUCACAAAUUAAAUUUUCUGUAAUAUAAUAAUCAUAUUAAUUAAUAGUGAUUUUUAAGCCAGUUUUAUUCGAUUGAAAAUUAAUCGAUUAAUCGAUCGAUUAAUCUCGAUUGAAAAACCUUGUUCCCGUGGCACCACGGUUAUCUCAUAUGGGGACUGAGCACUCCUCAAUUCUGCUGAAAAUAUUUCCAUUAAAAACCAAAAUAAACUAGAUUAUCUUCACAGGCGUUCGGUACUUCAUUCGUCCUAAUCAGUUGAUAGGUACGCAUUUUGUUCUAAUAUUAGUUCUGCUUCUGUUUACAUGCUUCAAAUUUAACGUUUUCCAAAGUACUAUUAACAACUUGAUAAUUAUUAUCAGACAAAAUAAUACUCGAUUUAUAGAUUUGACAGUUGUCAAGUCUGUCAGACAAAAUCGAAUAAUACAUUUGUCAAGUUUCAAUAUUAUCAGGUGAGAUAUUAUUGGGUAAAAAUACUGAAUUAUUUUCUUUGGGUCUAAUGCUCUCUCAUCCGUUGGCUGGCUAAGAGGUCAGUGGACAAGACUCAACUCCAAUCAAUUACAAUCAUGUUAACCUUUACUAUGUCAUUACGCACGUAUGGAAGAAAUUAAACAAUAUUCAUUAAUCCAACGAGGAUUGAAACUUUACUAUCAUAUUAUAUUUACAAAUUUUACUAAGUCAUAUGUCGUAUAUAUGUUUAUAUACAAAACAUGUUUGUUUUUUGUAAAUUAAAAACUAAUACUAAAAAAGGCAGCAAAAGGUACCGAUUUUUUGUAUUCAACAGCACAAAGAAGGUUUAAUGAGUACAGCUAUAGUCUCAAAUUAAAAUUAAAUUUGUUAAAAACAAUUAAUUAAUUUCUCAAUUUAAAUAAACAAUUUAGGAACCCCUAUUUUUUUACAUAGCAUAGAUAUCUCCGAAGCUGGUCAUUUAUCUAUAGAUGUGUCAUGUUCUCUGGUUAUCAGUAAACCUUCUGUAUAGCUUGCACUGUAUACAUAUUAUUAUAGUCUAAAUUUUUCAGUAAUCAAGUGAUUCGUUUUCAUAACGGUAACAAAAAUACGGAAGUUUUUCAUAAAAAAAAAGACCCAAAAAGUAUUAAUUACCAAAUAAAUAAAAAUGGGCGAAUUUUAACACAUAAAUCUAUCUUUAACGCAAACAUUUUGAAUUUAAGUGAGCACAUAGACAAGCGGUGGAUAUCACAACGACAAGACGUUUUCGACCUUCAGGUAUGAGACCGAAAGCCGAAUAUUGAAACGUCCGUCCUAUCAUUCGUAUAGGAACUCAUGAGUGUCUUACGUUAUUACUCAAGAUUAAUUUAUUUUAGAAAGAUUGUCUUCUAUUGCGAAGCGUUUUCAAAAUCAUAGCUGUUUAAUUAUGCAAUAACAGUGUUUCAAUUUUGGAAUUUCAAUAUUCAGUGUGCUUAGCGCGAGUUUUUCAACUUCUCGAUCGCGUUAAAGUUAACUCAAAUUUGUAUGCAGUUGUAAAAGCGCCCCUAGCGGCAAACGUAGGCAAACGUCCCAACUCCAUACAAAAUUGAGUUAACUUUUACGCUAUCGAGAAAGUUAACUCAUACUAAGCACACUAAAUAGUAUUUGGAACACAAAACAUGAAUAAUGUUGCAAGUUAAUAAAAAAUUUAAAUAACCCCACAUUACGAGAAACUUAAACGUGUUUUUAAUACUAACACCAAUUCAGUUGUUUCAAAAUCCCCUAAUAAAUAACCUAUGUACGUGAGAAAUAAAUAGGGAAUUUUUAAACACUUUCUACAAGAUAUAAAUAUUAAUCAGUCACGUUAGUUUCCUUCAACAAGAUGGCAUCAUUUUUAUGAAUUUGGCAGCACUAUAAUGUUGCGUAGCAGAUAAAAAUAAUAGUGGCAGACAAUGAAUAUCCAGAGUUAAAAACAAUGCAACCGAAACUUCAACAUCACCUUUCAAGGUCGGCGGUAUUCAGUGUGGUGUUUUUUUACCCUAUAGUAGAAUUAUUUUAUCAGUGCAGUUUGGGUCAUAAAACAUAGCCCGGCUAGGGCGGUGAGCAUGUUGCGCGGGCGCAACGCCAUUAUCGAUAAAAACAAAUGAGUCAUCGAAGGCAGGUACACGGCGGCGGGGCGGUAUACGAAGGGUGGUGAGACAUGUUAUGAUAUGAGUCAUUUGUUGUCGAAGAGAAAUGUGUUUUUAUGCAUUCGCUCUCUGAAUUUCUUUAAUGACACCAUGGCUACUCCUUUGUUUUGUACCAAAACGGUAAAUUUAUUCAAAAUAAUAUUUCCACGUGUUGUUAUCAACAAUGUGUUAAAAAUUUUCACUGAAAUGAAAAUAGAUCCCGAAAAGUUACAAAGUGUAAAUUUUUACUUUCAUUUUUAUCACUAACCCACAAAAUGACAAAACUAAAUACACUAUCGAUAUCGCUUAUCAAAAACAAUAAUGCGCAUCACUAUGCUCGUCCAUAAGGCUCGUGAAUGGAAGAGAGAGCGAAACAUUCGCUUCACCGCUCCGAUAAUUUAUAACCCAAACUGCAGGAACAAAAUAAUUCUACUACAGUAACUAUUACCCCAGGCAGAACGACUUGGAUUUUUUUCUUUAAAAUUUCCUUAAGCAGACUUAACCUAAUAGGUGUAUGGCUCUAAUAAAGAAUAAAUAUAUAUUUUUUAAAAUCCUUAGAAACAAUGUCCAAGUCAGCAUCAAUAAUUAUUUUUGAGCGAAGCGAUACGGUUGAUGGCGGUGUCGUCAUGAAACAUUACAUGCAUUCCUUUUUUGUGAUUCGACAGAUAACCCCACAACUAGACUUCAUGUUCUUAAACUUAUGAAUUUAUGAAAUGAUUUAAUAUCAUUCUUUUUGUUUUUUAAAUUCAUAUUAAUACGAUUUUAAUGUGAUAGAGUCAACCCUAUGGCCUAUGAUACGGCAUAAUAAAAAACUGUGUGCGCUAGUUUUUAACUAGAAAAAUAGAUUUUAUGUGUGAAACAUAGAUUUCAUACUUAUAAUUGACAUCAUAACAUACCAGUUGCUGAGUUUAUGGAUGUUCCUAAGUGAUUUUGAUACUAGUAUGACAAAAGGGAACGUAAUAUCGUUUUUUAACUAAGCCCACUUUUGGACUAGUAGCUCACAUUGAACUUCAUAGAUCAUCAUCAUAUGAGUGACAGUUUUUUUUUUAAAUUAUUAUUAUCAGGUUUUUUAAAAUAAGAAUUGGCAACCCAAUAUUGCUUUCAUAAUGUUCAUGCAUAUAAUUUAUAUCCCAUAUAAUUAGUGCUUCUGAUAUUCCUGAGGUUAUAUUAUACUAUUAGUUCUUUUUGUACAUCUUCAUUUCAAACAAAUAAAGAACAAAUACAAAAUCAUUACAUUUUACUGGUUGAAAAAUAUUUUUCAGCAUUAUUUUAGUCCUUAGAGCUAUACAAUAAACAAAUUAAAUACAUAAAAUACGUUAACUGCUAUGUAUCAAUUUUUGAGUAUCAAUUCAAACAGGUAUGACAAUAACUUAAAUACAAAGCUUCAUACCAAAACGCCGCCAUCUUGUUUUCCGCCAUUUUAUAUUCAUGCUUCAAAACGCCAUCUUGUGUUAAGAUGUUCCACCAUUUUCUUACUAAAAAUAAUAUCACUGCUGUAAGCAUAGUCAAAUCAACUCAACUUAGUCAGUGGUGUGGAAUUAAUUCAAUUAGUAUACAAACUUAAAUGUACAAAUGUUAUGAAUAAUAAAUAGUAUCAGCAACAUACCUACAAUAACUCAAUAAAAAUUACUCUAAAGAUAUAGUCUGUAGAUUAUUAAAUGUAUGGGCUAUGAGUAUGAUAGGUUGAGGAUUGGGGUGAGGUUGCAGUACUGCUGGGAGAUGCCUGGCGCCACAUGGAUCAGCGGGGAGUGCUUGUGGUGUCGAUGCAGCUGCUCGUCUCAAAAUUGCUCCACCUCUCAUCACACAAGCCACACCUGCACGUGGGUCACAAUUCUCAUUACUACUACUGCUCUCAUCAUCAGAACAAAGGUCAAUCACUUCACAUUCUACUUCAGAUCUUCUCAACGGGUCUGCAAUCUUUGUUUCUUCAUCUUCUCCUUGAUCAGUGUCUAUAUUGUCCACAAAUAUAACAUCUUUUUCUUGUUUCUGUUGUAGUUCACUUUCCAAUUUAUUUUUGCACUGUUGAAUAUAGUCUUCUAUUUUUUCUUCAGACAUUCUUUCAACAUUAACAGUGAGGACUCUGCAUUUCAAUAAACACAAUUGAGCUUUAAGAUCUAAUAUAUCUUUAUUUCUCUGGUCAGGGAACACAUGCUUUCUGUGCCAAUAAUCUAUAGGCCUCUUAUAUCUUACAGGGAAUUGUUGAUGUUUAUUUUUACUAACUACAUUUUUACUAAGGGGAGUGGAAGUACAACAGUAGCGUUCAAUUCUCUCCCUUGAAUAACUUGUAUCUCUCUGUACUAAUGUUUUAGCAUUUUUAAUGUAAGCUAAUGAUGAAAAGGGAUAAGGUGGCCCACGGUCAAUAUUUGCAGCAUUCCUAGCGUUCUUAGGUCUUGCUUCAUAUUCUAUAUGUUCAGACCCUGAGCAUUGAACAUCUGUAGCCUGUUUUAACUUCAAUGCAGCUAAGAACUCUGGUAAACCACCACUCGUGCCAGCAGGAGAGUUGUCACCAUGACACAGUCUCUCGUGGACUUGUAAAUUGUUUAAAUUAUCAAAAUGACUAUCACAAUUGUCACACAAAUAAAUGUCUGCAGCUCUCACCACAGGCUCUUCGUCUUCAAUUUGUACAUCCUUAUCAUAGUUUAUAUUCUCAUUUCUGAAUGUAACCAAUAGACGGUUACUAGGUAUAUAAUAAAGGGAUGUUGUGUGAUCCUUGUUGUCAACGUACAAAAGACGGUUACGGGGGUAUCGCGACAGUUGCGCUGAAAAGACCAGCAGAAAUGCACUCUUGUGGUAUUCGUAGCAUUUUUUGACAACAUUUUUCAACCUGAGCUCCCAAUCGUUGGGCACAGCUGCAGGCCUCACGAAGGGAUGCGUGAACUCGACGUUGCUGGGCCACCAUGGAGGCUGUCGAAUAUCCUUAGCUGUAUCGUGACCCCAGGAACAUGUCACCAUAAAUGUUAUAAACCUCUCGAGCUCGCCGGCUCUGAUCUUCGAAAGCGGUAUCGGAUUGCCAUUGGCGAACAACAGCGGCAGAUUAGCGAUCAUCGUUCCCGUAAGUUAUUGUUAUGGUCAUCGAAAUCUGACGAGGAGCAUUUCUUGGAAUCUCAUUCCGCUCAACGAUAUUAAAACGAACAUCACGAAGGCGCACACCAUUGUGCCACUGCUGAAGCUAUACAUUCACAAUUCAUAAGUUCUGUCACUAAAUUUCAUUGACACGAAGUUGCCUCCAAAAUUACGAGAAUUGUUUCCCAAUUCAAGAAUCAUAAAAACGAGAAAGCAUUUGUCCGAUGCAUUUAAAACUCAAAAGCGAGAAAGAAAGAUAUAGAUCCACAGACAUAAUAAAACUUUGUUACGACUUAUUUUCUAUGCGCAUGAAAAA